UCAUUGGACGCUUUCACAUCCGCGUGGCCGCCCAUUGGCUACAAACAUUGCAAAUACAAACUACGUCACCAAUAGAAUCCGUGACGUGUCCACGUUUAGCUUUAAUGCUAAUACCUGUCAAACUAAAACGCGUCGUAAACGUUUGUAAAUAAGUCGACAACAUGUCGAUAUAUUCCAGUUGAAGGUUUAACAUAAUUUCACAUCGAGUGAGGAAGGUUACAGCUCUUCCUUAAUGUUGUUUUCACUCAUUUUAAACGUUAGAAACGCUGUGAAGGUGAUACACGGUGGUUAGCCUGUGCUAGCUUGUAAAUCAGUGAGCGGCAACUGGUGAUAACCUAGUCCAACUUGCAAGCCUGGCGUUUGUUUACCUGCUUCUCAGGUGAGAGGUGAGCCGGGGGCAGGGCCACCUGACAGGUAGAAGGGAUGCCUGUUGAGGGAGGAAGCGGCAGCGGCUCAGCUUCUGCUGUCCGUCACCCGAAGCAGAAGCGCAAAGCUCACAGUUUAUCCAUCCGGCGCACGAACAGCACAGAGGAGAGGACGCCAGGCAUCACAAGAGGAGACAUGCUGGAGGGACAGGACUCCAAGCUGCCCCUCGCCUUACGCAGCAACCUCCUCGACCUGUUCGGACAGAUUGAGCGCGAGUUUGAAAACCUCUACAUUGAAAACCUUGAACUGCGUCGAGAGAUCGACUCUCUGAACGAGCGUCUGACUGGAGAUGGACAGACGGUCGAGGGAGGAGACCCCACAAAGGGAGCUCUGAAAACCAAAGCGAGCCACAGCACCAGUCAGCUGUCACAGAAACUGAAGACGACCUACAAAGCCUCCACCAGCAAGAUUGUGUCCAGUUUUAAAGCCACCGCAGGGUCGCGUGCUCUAUGUCAGCUGCUCAAAGAGUACGUGGGCCACCGGGACGGGAUCUGGGACCUCAGCGUCACCCGGACUCAGCCGGUGGUCCUCGGCACGGCCUCCGCAGAUCACUCUGCUCUGCUGUGGAGUAUAGAGACAGGAAAAUGUCUGCUGAGGUACACUGGACAUCAAGGAUCAGUCAACUCCAUCAAGUUUCACCCCACGGAGCAGAUGGCGCUCACAGCCUCCGGGGACCAGACGUCUCACAUCUGGCGCUACAUGGUGCAGCUUCCUGCCCCGCAGCCACCACCAGAUGUCAGUGCCCCGUGUGAUGAAGACCAGGACUCUUCUGACAGAGAGGAAGGUGAGGUGGACGGAGAGGGGCCCUUUGAGGUCCCCACGGUCCGUGUCGCCACAGCAACCCUGAAGAGUCACCAGGGUGUUGUGAUCGCAGCUGAUUGGCUGGUGGGAGGCCGACAGGUGGUGACGGCGUCCUGGGAUCGAGCUGCAAACCUGUAUGAGGUGGAGACGUCUGAACUGGUCCAUGCACUCACUGGUCAUGACCAGGAGCUGACACACUGCUGCACACACCCCACCCAGCGCCUGGUGGUCACCUCCUCCAGAGACACCACCUUCAGACUGUGGGACUUCAGGGAUCCGUCCAUCCACUCUGUUAACGUCUUCCAGGGACACACCGACACGGUGACGUCUGCAGUGUUCACAGUCGGGGACAAUGUGGUCUCAGGAAGCGAUGAUCGCACGGUGAAGGUGUGGGAUCUCAAGAACAUGAGGUCGCCCAUAGCAACCAUCCGCACUGAUUCAGCUGUGAACAGGAUAAGCGUCUCUGCAAACCAAAGGAUCAUCGCUCUGCCGCACGACAAUCGACAAGUCCGACUGUUUGACAUGAGCGGAGUGAGGCUGGCCAGACUUCCACGCAGCAACAGAAUGGGUCACAGGCGCAUGGUGUGCUGUACAGCGUGGAACGAGGAGAACCAGUCGUGCAACCUUUUCACCUGCGGCUUCGACCGACAGGCCAUCGGCUGGAACAUCAACAUCCCCGCCCUGCUGCAGGAGAAGUGAUGCCACGGACACACAUAAACACACACACAACAAAACACACACACACACACAGUGAAGCAGGAGAAACUCUGUAAUCUGUGGCCUCGCACGUGUUUAACCUGUGAAGCGUUUUAGUUGUUGAUGUAUUUCUCUGACGUCAGGCUGCUACAUCGUGUGAUUGUUCAUUAAAUUGUUUAGUUUUUUAAGCAUGAUCAUAUUUUUGGGUCUAAAUGACUAAUGUGUACUUACAGUUUGAUAUCUCUUUAAUAGAUUACUUCAGAUGUGAAACAUGCUGCGAUGGCUGCAACAUAAUCCUUGUUCCAUUCAAGUGUGUCCGCUGUUUUCUAUUAUAACAAUCUGAGCUGGUCACUGACAAAAACAACUUUCAGUGGACGUGCUCUGAUUGGUUGUCUUCCCCCCUGAGGGUUUUAAAUCGUUACAGCCUGUUGCACUGCUGCCGCCUGAAACAAUCUACCUGAUCAAUACCUACAACUUUUUAACCUUUUAGUCCUUUAGACUUCAUUUAAAACAGAAAUCCCGCCUUUAUUUAAAAACACUGCAUCCAGCCUUUAAGUGACUGACUUAGUUCCAGCAUUUGAACGUGUGUGCGAGGCCACAGAGCUCAUCUCCUGUGAGCAAACCCUUAAAUUAUUUAGCAUGAAUUGUGAAUCGUGAAACGGCUACGCUGACCCCCCCCCCCCCC